AUGCCUGUUGGGGAAGUGAACGUGGAAAAAAUCGGACAAAUGUACGGAAUUGCGCAACAACUGAUGUCAUUGACGAGUGAAUUCAUGCAAAAUGGUCGAGCUUACGGUAGUCAAACAUAUUCAUCGUCGAAAAAUGGAGAACAAGGGAACAGCAUUCUCAAUGAAGUCGUAUCGGCAAGAAGAACAUUGGCUCCAUCCGACGAAAAAUUGACCCUCUACAAUGAAUACGGCGGUUUGGGCAGCUCUUCCCAAUCGGGUAGACCAAAAAGCGGAAUCCAAUCGAUUCUCAAUACUUUUCUCGGUAGCUCAAUGAAUGAGUACUCCGAGCCUCUCCCACCUCCACCGAAACCAAAACAACAAGCAACAGCAUCGGGAGGAGGAUCGUUUUUGGAUUUCUUUGGACUUGGAGCUCCUACAGAGCCACCAACUACAACAACAGCCGCUCCACCGCCCGCCUCUCCAAUGAGAAAUAUGAUGGAAAUGUUUGGCUUUGUCCGACCCAGCCCUCCACCGACAACCACCCAGCGGCCAGCAAGCAUCAUGGAUUUUUUCGCCUCACCAGAAGCUUAUGCAAACGUUUUGCAAAAUUUCCAACAACAGCCACAACUCUAUCAACCACAACAAGUGCAAACACCAAUGAAUCAGUUCUACUCACCUCCUCGAUCGGUUCAGCCCAGCUAUCAGCAAAAUGUCCAAAAGUACGAGAGAUCUCCCGCUUAUGGAUAUGAUCAAUACGGAAGAGCUCCCCAAUUGGUUUCCCCUCAAAUAAGAGCUCCCACUCAGCCAUCGAAUCAACAAAUGUCUUUAAACGAUUUUCAAUCAUCUGCAAUCAAUUAUCUACAAGAUCCACGUUCGAAACGCCAACAACGCUAUAUUCUUGACACUUUUCUUGGCGGGUCAACUGAGCAAGCAAAACCCCAACAACGAGCGGCGCCUAUUGUUAAUAUGCUGGAAAUGUUUGGUCUAAUGGAGACAACGACCACAACGCAAAGACCUCGACUGUUCGAUAGCAGGAGUGGCUUUGGAAUGGGCACAAAAGGUGCAAGCGAUAUCGACAAUAUUCUGAAUGCUUUGAUGAGGGGCGGAGUGAAAGUGGCUGAACCCGAGGCACCCAGCCCUGCUGGGAUCCUUUCGCAAUUUUUUGGA